CGCUUUCACGUCGAAUGAAUUCGCAACAUGUCAUUGGGUGUUAGUUGAAAGUCCGAACCGCCCGUUUAGAGCCUGUUGCUACGGGCUGCAUGGCCUCAUCGCACUUGCCAUCUGUUGGUCAAGCUAUCUGCAGUGUUCCUGCCUUGAACAAAGGCAGUACACCUUGACCACGGCAGGAUGGACCAGAUUGCAAUGGGCGCCGGGAAUAUUUUCAAGUCCGUACGCGACUGGAGUGCGAAUCCAUACAUGAAAUUUCACAGUUUUCUCUCGAAUAACCUACAACCUCCUGUCUUUUCCCUCCACAAGUAUCUCAUCAUGCUAACCCAUUCCAAUCGAAACUCGGUUGACGACGGCGAUGAUGAUCUGUUCUACAGUAUUCCACCAACCCGUCAUGUCAGCGUCGCAACGGACGAGACACCACCAGUAUCUCUGCUAAGCAUCAAAUCAGCUUUGGACUCGCCACUACCCGCUGUUGGCGACAGCAAGCCGCUACCGAUACUCCCUGUAAAAAGUUGCCCGAGCAGAGUGGGAUGGCCUUUGCCGUACCAGCAUGAGCCAGAGCAUCAUCGUUUCUGCGCCAAACCGAUGAUUGACCAUUUCGCAAAGAGACGUUCUUCGCUUUCCAAAAGUGGAACAAACGGUACGCUGAGCCACCUCGACGUAGGCACGGCGUACAUUGAAGAACCCUUGACCAUCGAGCAACUUGUCUCAUCUCCCGCCGAUCCCGUCACAACCAAGUGUUGGAGUUCAACCAGUAUCGGCUCCUACUUGAGCACAAUUGAGCCUCACAGCCCAAACCCGACUCGUUUCGAUGACGCAGAAGCUGUGCAACGUGGCAUCAAGGAUAUUGUUUUCAACAUUCGGGUGUACCUGAAAAAUUCACGACAUGACCACUGCUUGCUUGGCUCUGGUCAGACGCGGUCCACCCAGGCAGAACAUCAAAAUUCUCAAAAUCAAAGUCAUGAUCUCAGCAACAAUGGGGAUCGUGCCGCCAAUGAAAUGCCUGAAUCCUUCCUGGUGUCUAGCAACGAUAUUGCAGGAAUACUCGAUAUCGUCAUAAGUGGUCUUCGACGGAUACACGGACAAGAUAUACCCUCUGGCUGCUUUUCUGCCCGGCCAGCCAAGGACGAAAAUGCUAAGCUGACUACCAGGCUCGACAGCAUUGUGCCUCCACCAUCCCUACUGGCAGAGCCCACCACCACCGUCAGCUCAGUGCUGCCUUUGUUUUCAGUCCCACAACUUAGUAGUAGCACUUGGUCCGCCGUGAAUGAUAAUAACGUGGUCAAGAAUCGCCCGAUUCAGAGUCAAGCCAAGUCAAACACACUGUAUCAACGCGGUAUUGAUGCCCACACUGGACGACGAUCGCCGCCGCUGUCAUCGGAAGAUACGGAGCAGGCAUCGGACUCAUCAGAAUCCUUCAGAUUUCCUGAUAACGACAAAAUAAAUAAGGCCACUCGGAAGGGAAUGGGUAGUACAAUUGGCCCUUCGAGUCGUAAACGAACAAGUAGUGCUCAGCCACAACAAAGAACAGAGCCCACGCCCGAUACAACACUGGACAAGCUCCGGCGGUUUAGCUUCCCGUCACUAGAAGAUCAGCCUCCGGGGGCGUUGCCACAGUUUCACGGGACAUAUCACACCAAAUCAUCGAAAGAAUUGCUUCUGCGUGUACAACGAAAGCGAUCGAGCCAAGCGAUAUUGAAGGACAUUCUGGCACAGGCGGACUCUGCCUCAAUGAAACCUACCUGUGGCCGUAACGAUAGCAGUAGCUUUUUAUCCUCCUUGGCGCGGAAGUCAUCAGACAAAUAUCCGUAGACGGCAUUCCUAAUUAGACUAUCUAUACACGCGGUUUCGGAUGGAAGAAUAGCCGAUGUCUAGGUUUGGCGGGGCGGGCACAUUGAGGAGGCAUGAAUGAUCGUUCAAAAUAUACUCACUCUGGUUGAAACCACAUAUCCUAAAA